GAACUUCGAAAACGAAACGGUUAGGAGAGUACGUGUCACCCUCAGCCAGCACUCGUCGAUUAAAUACUCUUUUUCCAUUUUAUUCGGAUUCCUUCCUCCGGACUCGUUCUCUUCCUAUUGAUUCCAUCUUUUCUCUCUCCUUCUCUCUCCGGAAAUCCGACCCUGCAACGAUUUCUCAUCCAUGUCGUCGCAGCAGGAUAGGGGCAGACCAUUGCCGAAAUUCGGUGAGUGGGAUGUGAACAAUCCUGCAUCGGCCGAGGGAUUCACGGUAAUAUUCAACAAGGCUAGAGAUGAGAAGAAGACCAGUGGAAAUACUAACGCAGUAGUGUCACCACGAAAAACCAAUGGUGGAUAUAAACAAGAUAACGAUUACGACUUUCCUUCAAAAAGUAGAAAGUGGUUCUGCUGUGGUUGAGCGCAACUGCCUUUGGAGCCCCGAGAUCGUGACAUUCUACUAAGAGGUCACUUCGGGUUUUUAUUGCCAGGCUACAUUUCUGGAGUGGAGAAUUCUGGUUGUUACUAUUCUUUUGUAACCCAAACUUUUUCUAUAUGUAAUCUAAAGAGAAAAAGGUAAUGGAUUAAAAUAAAAUAAAGAUUAAAAUAAAAUAAAAUAAACAUAGCAUACUUUUUGCUA